UAGCACCCUAUUUCUAUGGUUACCAGGUUUUCCUCCUUAGGCAUUCCCCAGCACAGAUUUCCUCCAUUCUGUCCUGUUGGGCCAUCCCAUCAGCAGCAGUCCUCAUCCUGGGAUUUCUCUCCAAUCCUCAUGGCUCCAGCAUCCAGCCACCGUGGUCAUCAGUGGCUUUGCGACCUUGUUCGAGGGUUCUGCCUGCUCCUGCUGCUGGUGGUGUCAAAUCUACUCUUGUGCCAGGGUGUGGAGGAUUAUGCACCAUACUGUAAAAACCAACCUGGCAACUGCCGGAUUCCCCUUCAAAGCCUGUUUGAGAGAGCAACAUUGGUGGCUAACAACAACUAUAGGCUUGCCAGGGAAAUCUUCAAUGAAUUUAAUACACAGUUUGGCAAGGGCAAAAACUUCACUUCCAAGGUCAUCAACAGCUGCCACACCAAAUCCAUCACUACCCGUGAUAACAAAGAAGCAGCUGCAAAUACAGAGGACGAAGUCCUGUUUAGGUUGGUUAUCAGUUUGCUCCACUCGUGGGAUGAACCUCUGCAUCAGGCAGUCACAGAGCUGCUGCGCUCGGAAGGAGCCUCACCUGAUAUCUUGGCAAGAGCUAAAGAGAUUGGGGACAAGGCCAAAGUACUUCUAAAAGGUGUGGAAGAGAUACAAAAAAGGGUUCAUCCUAGAGAGAAGAAGAACAAGAUCUAUCCAGUGUGGUCAGAAAAGUCCUCCCUGACAGCGGACGAUGAGGAUGUGCGCCAAACUGCCUUAUAUAGAAUGUUCCACUGCCUACACAGGGAUUCAAGUAAAAUUAGCACCUACAUCAAUUUGCUUAAGUGCCGAUUCACCCCAUGCUAAGCCCACAAUUAACCCAACCAAUCCUGAGAUGGUUAGUGAUGAUCCAUCCCGUCAAAAGCUUCUUUGAGCUUUAUAGCUAUUUAAUGCAUGUUUGGGUGUAAUGGGUCUCAUCUGAAACAAAAUAAACACAGAUUCUGUAGAGAUGUCAAAAUCUAA